UGGAGGGUCAUCUCUGCCACUCAGAUCCACGGAAUCGCCCCACCAUGCCCGCCUCUGGCCUCUUAUUCUGGGCCUCCCUGCUGACUGUGGCCUGGCGGGCUGCCCACUCCAAGGACUACCUCUUCGCCACACCUCGGGUCCAACUUUCCUUUAAAGCCCUGAAGGCAACAGGUACAGCUCACUUCUUCAACUUCCUACUCAACACCACUGACUACCGCAUUCUACUGAAGGAUGAGGACCAUGACCGAAUGUACGUGGGCAGCAAAGACUACAUCCUCUCUCUGGACCUGCACGACAUCAACCGAGAGCCCCUCAUUAUCCACUGGGCGGCCUCCCCACAGAGGAUCGACGAGUGUAUCCUGUCGGGAAAAAACAGCAAUGGGGAAUGCGGGAAUUUUAUCCGUCUCAUCCAGCCCUGGAACCGGACUCACCUUUACGUCUGUGGCACCGGCGCCUACAACCCCGUCUGCACCUUCGUCAACCGCGGGCGCAAGGCACAGGCCGUUGAGUUGACCCAAACCCUCCAGCCGGGAGGACGGGGCAGCAGAGCUGCGGAAACAUCUUCUGUCAUCCCAACUCCAGCGGAACACAAGGACUACAUCUUCUACCUGGAGCCAGAGAAGCUGGAGUCAGGAAAGGGAAAGUGCCCAUAUGACCCCAAGGUGGACAGUGUCUCUGCUCUGAUCAAUGAGGAGCUCUAUGCGGGAGUCUACAUAGACUUCAUGGGCACCGACGCCGCCAUUUUCCGUACCCUGGGCAAGCAGACAGCCAUGCGCACCGACCAGUACAACUCCCGCUGGCUGAAUGACCCUUCAUUUGUCCACGCCCAGCUCAUCCCCGACAGCGCCGAGAGGAAUGAUGACAAACUCUACUUUUUCUUUCGGGAGAAAUCGACCGACGCUCCCCAGAGCCCAGCCGUCUACUCCCGCAUCGGUCGCAUCUGCCUGAACGACGAUGGGGGCCACUGCUGCCUUGUCAACAAGUGGAGCACCUUCCUGAAGGCCCGGCUCAUCUGCUCCGUACCCGGCCCUGAUGGCAUCGAGACCCACUUUGACGAGCUACAGGCCGUAUUUGUGCAGCAGACUCAGGAUGUGAAGAAUCCCAUCAUCUAUGCGGUUUUUGCCUCCUCAGGCUCUGUGUUCAAAGGCUCGGCGGUCUGUGUGUACUCCAUGGCUGACAUCCGAAUGGUCUUCAAUGGGCCUUUCGCCCACAAGGAGGGGCCCAAUUACCAAUGGAUGCCUUUCACGGGCAAGAUGCCCUACCCUCGUCCAGGCACCUGCCCCGGGGGAACCUUCACGCCAUCCAUGAAGUCGACCAAGGACUACCCAGACGAGGUCAUCAACUUCAUGCGCAGCCAUCCGCUGAUGUACAACCCCGUGUACCCACUGCAGCGCCGGCCCCUGGUGGUCAGGACCAAUGCCCACUACCGUUUCACCACCAUCGCCGUAGACCAGGUGGACGCGGCCGACGGGCGCUAUGAGGUGCUUUUCCUGGGCACAGACCGUGGAACUGUGCAGAAGGUGAUUGUGCUGCCCAAGGACGACAUGGAGACGGAGGAGCUGAUGCUGGAGGAGGUGGAAGUCUUCAAGGUUCCAGCUCCUAUAAAGACCAUGACCAUCUCUUCCAAGAGGCAACAACUGUACGUAGCCUCGGCUGUGGGGGUGACCCACCUGGGCCUGCACCGCUGCCAUGCUUAUGGGGUGGCCUGUGCCGACUGCUGCCUUGCCCGCGACCCCUACUGCGCCUGGGAUGGCAAGUUCUGCUCUCGCUACUCCGCCUCCUCCAAGAGACGGAGCCGACGCCAGGAUAUUCGGCACGGGAACCCCAUUCGCCAGUGCCGCGGCUUCAACUCCAACGUCAGUAAGAACACAGUGGAGUCGGUGCAGUACGGGGUGGAGGGCAGCACAGCCUUCCUCGAGUGCCAACCCCGCUCCCCACAGGCCACCGUCAAAUGGCUGCUUCAGAAGGAUGCCAGCGACCGGAGGAAGGAGAUGCGUUCCGAGGGCCGGGUGUUAAAGACAGAGCAGGGGCUCCUGCUGCGUGCCCUGCAGCUGGCCGACGGAGGGCAAUACACCUGCACGGCCACAGAGAACAACUUCAAGCACACGGUGACACGGGUGCAGCUGCACGUGCUGAGCCGCGAGGCUGUCCGUGCUGUGCUCGCCCAGGCCGAGGCCUCCGUCCCUCUGUCUCCCGGGAACGCCGCCGCCGCCGCCGCCGCCGCCGCUGCCAGUCUGCGGGCUCCCGGCCCCCCCACGCCUCCUUACCAGGAGCUGGCCCAGCUCCUCGCCCAGCCGGAGAUGGGACUCAUCAAUCAAUACUGCCAGGGUUACUGGCGCCACACCCCGCCCAGCCACAAGGAGGGGCUGGCAGGCCUCAAGGCCAAGGAGCUACAGGACCAGAAGAAACCUCGAAACCGCCGGAAUCACCCUCCAGACACCGACCGACUCACAUGAAACUACCGCUGCUCCCGCUCUGGGGACUGUGAUCACAUCUCUAUAACCCUCCCCUCC